CCCAGGGCUCAUAAAGUCAGGACUGUGCCACUGACGCCACUGCUACUGCUGCCACUGCUGCCACUGGCACCGCUGCCCGCUCCCGCCUGGCACCAUGGGCAUCUUGAAGUGGGCACAGCCUCUGCUGCGCAUCAGGAACCGGCUGGCACGGGAGCUGCUGGGAGAGCUGCUCAGCACCUUCGUGCUCAUCCUGAUCACCCUGGCGGGCUCGGCGCAGAUGGUGACCACCUCGGAGAAGAAAGGCAACUUCAUCAGCGCCUACCUGGCAGGAGCCCUGGCGGUGAUGGUCGCAGUCUACACCGCCGGGGGGGUCUCAGGUGCCCACAUGAACCCUGCCUUCUCCCUGGCCAUGUGCCUGGUGGAGCAGCUGCCCUGGUGGAAGUUGCCCAUCUUCGUGGUGGUGCAAACCUGCGCAGCCUUCCUCGGCGCCGCCGCCGUCUAUGGGCUCUACUACGAUGCCAUCCAGAACUACACCAACGGGACCCUGCUGACCUACGGCCCCGGCGAGACUGCCUCCAUCUUCGCCACCUACCCUGCCGACUACGUCUCCAUCGCCAACGGCUUCUUGGACCAGGUGAUUGGCACCAGCGUGCUGCUGGUGGGCGUCUUGGCCAUCCUGGACGGGCGCAACAAGGGCGUGCCCAAGGGGCUGGAGCCGCUGGUGGUGGCUGGGCUGGUCCUCGCCAUCGAGGUCUCGAUGGGCUCCAACUGCGGCUGCCCACUCAACCCCGCGCGGGACUUGGGGCCCAGGCUCUUCACCUACGUGGCAGGUUGGGGCCCGGAGGUCUUCAGGAGGGGCAAUGGCUGGUGGUGGGUACCGCUGGUGGCACCCAUGCUGGGGGCCGCCCUGGGCGUCCUCCUCUACCACCUCUUCGUGGCCUUCCACCACCCCCCGGAGGACGACGGCAACGACUCCCUGGUGCUGGCACACAGCAUCCCCUUGGAGGCCAAGGUGCCCCCCGAGAAGGACAGCAAGGAGAUGGCACUCCAGAAGACGUGAUGCCAGGGAUGCCACAGCCCCUGCCCCCUCCCCCCCCCCCAUUAAAAGAGCCC